AUGGUUUAUGGAUGUGGAAACCAACUUAUAAAAUUUUUUGUUUUUGCUUCUAAUUUUUUAAUUUUUUCAUUGGGAGCAGUAAUUUUUUCUGUAUCACUUUGGGCAAAUUUGGAUACAAAAUUUUCAUAUCACCUUCGUCAAUAUUUUGAAUCAUUAAGUUUAUAUGAUAGUUAUGUUGAAGAAUUAGCCAAGUAUCAAGCAUCUUUAUGGGUAUUAGUUGCUAUUGGUGCAUUACUUCUUUUUGUUGGUUUUCUUGGUUGUUGUGGUGCUUGUAGUGAAAAUUCUGUUCUCCUUAGUUUAUACGGAAUUAUUCUUUUUAUUCUUACUUUAAUACAAAUUGGUGCAAUUGUUAUGGCUUUAAUGAGUAGACCUGAAUUUGAAGAGAUAAUAAUGAAAGCAUUGAAAUAUUCUGCUAAGGAUGAUCUACGAAGAAAACAACUACUUCCAAUUGAGAAAGCAUUUCAAUGUUGUGGUGCUACCCCUGAUACAAAAGAAAUGUUUAUACAAUUAAAUGAAUGCCCAGAAAAUUAUACUGAAUUUCCAGAUUGUUACACGGUUAUUACAGAUUUACUUUCACAAAAAUCUGAAGUUUUGGCUGUUGUUGGAUUACUACUUAUUAUAAUUCAAUUUUUCGGUAUUAUAUUUUCUUGCGUUUUAUGCAAAGCAUUCCGUGACCGUGGAUUAUCAUAUUAUGCUUAA